GCAGUGAGCGCACUGUCCGGGAACUUCCCUCAGUUUGAUCCCGAGGACAGCAGAACGGACCGGGUCCGGAGCCAGUCCUCAGUCCUCAGAUCUUGUCCUCUGGUCCGGACUCAGUCCACAGAGACAGGACACAGACACGGGACAACAGGAGGAACACUCUGUGUGCGGCUCGGCUCAGGACGCGCUGCGGCUUUACGCGUCUCCGGGUCGGGCUCUCCGGGUCGCCUUCUCCGGGUCGGGUCUCCUGAAGCCACGAGGAUCUGAAGGACUGAAAUCACCGCGUGGAUCUUUGUUUUCUUUGGACACGCGCUUCUUCCAAGGAUACGCGCACAGAGUGUCUGGCUGAUUGAUUGAUAGAUUGAUUGUUUGUUUGAUUGAUUGAUUGAUUGGUGGGCGGGUCAUGUGUCGGACUGUGUAGAGCGUCAUCAUGGAGCCUCCUCUGCUGCUGCUGCUCCUGCUGAUGAUGAUGAUGAUGAAGGUGAGCGGAGCUGCUGUCUGGCCGCAGACGUCUGUCAGCAGCAGAGAGACAGAAACAUUUAAAGGAACAAGGAACAGACGCUACGCCAUUAACCCUGUGGGACACAAGUGGACCCACCACAACCUCACAUACAGGAUCAUAAAGUUCCCUAACACUCUGAACGUAGAGGACACCAGGAAGGCCAUCAGCAUCGCCUUCACCAAGUGGAGCGACGUGUCUCCGCUCACUUUCACCGAGGUUAUCGAUGGAAAUGCCACCUCUGACAUCACUGCUGACAUCACCAUCGGUUUCUACACCUUUAACCACACUGACUGCUGGUGGUCUCCUCUACACCCGUGUUUCGACGGUCUGAACGGUGAGCUGGCCCACGCCUUCCUGCCACCACGAGGAGAAAUCCACUUUGACAACCAUGAGUUCUGGAUCCUCGGCAAGUCCAGGUUCAGCUGGAAGCAAGGUGUGUGGCUGAAUGACCUGGUGCAGGUGGCGGCUCAUGAGAUCGGUCACGCUCUCGGCCUGUGGCACUCCAGAGACCCUCAGGCUCUGAUGCAUCCCAACGCCACGUACACCGGCCAGAGGAACAUCGCCCAGGACGAUGUGUGGGGCAUCCAGAGACUCUACGGGUGCCUGGAUAAGAAGCGAGUGUGCGACCCGUGGGCUCGUCUGGGCUUCUGUGAGCGCAGGAAGACGUUUAUGAAGAAGAACUGUCCUCAGCGCUGUGACCUGUGUUACGAGCCUCUGGAGGCGGUAACCACGCCAACGCCACCGCCAGCCAACGUCAAGAUCAAGAUGGUUCCCCGGGGGAAGGUGGUGGGUUUUCGCUGUGGAACCAAAAACCCUCGGUCACCACCCAAAGUCAGCUGGUACAAAGACGGCGAGCAGAUCCUGUCCUCCAUCCCAGGCUACAUCGUCAUGAAGGACCGAGACCUCCGCAUCGUAGCCAAUGAGUUCAAUGAGGGUGUUUACACCUGCCGCAUUCAUCGACGGGGAGACAUUGUGUCCGCCAACUCCUGGGCAAUCCGACUGAAACCAGAGCAGCCGUCCAACAGCUGAGGACAUGGACGGGACGGACGACAAAAAGAUGACAGGAAGUGCUGAUUUUAAUUUUAUGUAAAACGACAGAACUCAACAACCGUGAGUACGUUUGGAUUGUUUCUGAUUUCAGAGGACGAAGUUUGGACCUUUUUUAUGUCUGACUGAGUUUCAGAAGCUCUGGGACCAGACAGGACACUCAUGGCACCUCAUUGUCCUCCUAAUCCUCCAGAACCUCAUUUACCUGUAGAAAGUCAUGUCCUUUAAUCUUCCUGUAAGACGUCAAGAACUUGGGAAGUCCCAGAUCAGCUCAUGAGGACGUCAUGUCCUCUUAAACAUCUCAUCAGGACAUUGUGUUCUCAUAAACAUCUUGUCACGACAUAGUGUCCUUGCAACCCUUUUGAAAUCCUGUCAUGUCCCUGUAAUCCUGUAUAAAGUUUGGUACCUGUAAUCCACUUGACAUGACGUUUUGUACCUGUCAUUUCUUCAUAUGAUGUCACGUCUCUGGAACCGUCCGUGCAUGAUGUGACAUCCUCAUAAUCCUCCCAGCAGGACAUCAUGUUGUUGUUAUCGUCCUGACAGAACAUUGGUCCUCAUAAUCCUGUAGAAUUUCACAAACCUGUAAUCUUACGUAGCGAUGUAAUGUCCCUAUAAUUCACAGUGACCUCUGUGUUCAGUGUUUUUUUCAUGUUCAGGUUUGUUGUCUAACGAGCGUGUGAACUAUUAUCUGCGUCACAUUUAUGACAGAAUAUUUAACGAGGAGUUAAAGGUGAACACAGUUUAACCGUUAAUUUCUGUUGGUGACGAACUCACAGUCCACAUUUCCGACGUUUAUAAACCAUCAAACAAACAAAACAUCUGAGUUUAUUUAUUCUAACAAACCUUAAUUACAGUCGCUUAACAAGCUUGAUGUGUCGCCGUCAAGGUGAUGUCACCCUGCUGUGUUUCAAACUUUUAAAGAUCAAACACAGAGACAUGUUUAUCUGAGCCAAUCAGAUGCUUUGUAACAUCUGGUGGUCAGAAUGCAGAGCUGUGAUUGGUUGUUUGUUUCAGCUUCCUGUUUCCUCCUCAACUUAUAAAACCUGUCUUUAGUUAAUGUGUGCUCAUGAUAAACAACAAAGAAAACAACAUAUAAACAAACAAACUGAACAUGUUAGUGAUUUUACCCAGAAUGCACCGCUGUAUCUCUUCUUCAUACUAAAACAAAUAAAACCUGUCGUCUGUUUU